AGCCGGCUAAACGCCAUCCCUACCUGUCCUAGGAUUCUAGGUGCAAGGGGGGAGUGCAUGUGCUUGUGGGGGUGUAAGGAACUCAGGAGGGGGGACUUUUUUUGGUCUGCCGCAGACCAGAGGUGGCGGAAAACAGCAGGCGCCACGGCAACCUGCCGAGCCCUCUUCAAGGCCAGCGCCCCUUGCCCACGUGCCGGCUGCCCCCUCGUGCGGCAUCACCCCUCACCGGCGGGCUGGACUGUGCCUGACAGGCUCUGGAAACGCCUCUUAUGCCAUGAUCCACCUUUGUGCCUUUCUUAUGGAUGCAGACAGCCGUGACCAUUUCUGAGAACAGAUGGGACCUGGAUGCCGAGCCCUGGCCCUCAGCUUCCACUGGUCUGCUGAGCUCUGAGGAAAAACCACGUGCUGAGAGACCUGGCUGAGGGUGGCGGGAACUCCCUGGUUGUCCGGCUCACCAGCGUGAUUUGGAAGCACACUUAUCACAUAGUGAUGGGUUCGUAACAGAAUAAGCAGCUUAAAUAAUUUUAAUUACUGACAUUAUUCCGAUUUGUGUAGUUAAUUUUGUGCAUGUACAUUUAACAUUAUUAACUAAUUAUAAGUAUUGUUAUUUGCAUAGUUAAUUUGGUGCAGCCGAUUUAUCAUUUGUGUCAGCUCCUGUUUGGCCUUUAAGAACAACAAACCGAAACAGAGGGGCAAUUAAGCUUUAAUUAUGCACUAUUAUUGUUAUUUGCAUGGUCAGAUCUGUGUGUACAAUUAAUAUGGAGGUUUUCCGUUUGUGUCAGUUCCUGGUUGGCCUUUAGAAUAGAAGCUCUGACAAGGGGAGGCAGUUAAAAGCCAGAGUAACCGCGGCAUCAGGGGAACCGACUGAUAAGAACAUGAGAAGAUAGUCGGGAGGCAUGUGCCCCAGGAAAGCAUCCGAGCAUGGUCAGCAGGGGGCGACGUCGAGGUCACGUACAGGGGGGACGAACAGGAGGAAUGAUCAGCCCACCGAGCUCUGGGACACAGAGAGAGGGAGGGAGAGAGAGAGAACAUCAGCUUUUGCAUUCCUGAGUCACUGAGCCUGCCCUCUCACACCGAACCCGGGAGACAGAGAGACACUGGUGGACGGACACCCCCAGCCCCUGUUGCCUGGAACACUGCUCACCCACUGUGCUGCUCACAUUGGGCAGCAGGACCCCGCACACUGCAGGGGAAGGGAAAAAAUGCUGUAUCUGUCCCAGGGGUAGCUGGACAAGCAGCUAGAGCCAUUACUGGGGGGGUGCGGCGAGGACCGCCGUGAGAUGGAUCGUCACCACCAGGUAGAUGUUAAGAAUGUUGCACGUGUUGUUGCAAUACUUGACUUCAUGCAAUAAGAAUAUUUUUAUGUAAAUCAAGCUCAGACCUUAUUUCAAGUAACGGGACCCCCUUUUGAGUCUCUCCCAAGAGGAGUCGUACCAGUUUGGACCUUAAACUUCGGACCGGAAAGUGCAGACGCGCCCGUCGCAGGUGGAGGCCUCAUAAUCCGUGAAUGUCGGUCCCUGAAGAGUCACACUGCCCCACCCUUAGCAGGAAUCUUAAGGAAGCAGGAGUCCCACCCUGAUCAGGAAUCGCGCGUCUUAAGGAAGUGGACUGGGAUCCGUGCCAACAUGGACGACUCCAGCAUCCUGAGACGCAGAGGAUUCCAGAAGGAGCUGAGUCUUCCCAGGAGAGGCAGCUUCUGCCGGACCAGCAACAGGAAGAGCCUGAUCGUGACCUCCAGCACUUCACCCACCCUGCCCAGACCCCACUCCCCCUCACACGGCCCCCCGCCAGGGAGCAGCCCCCUGGACAGCCCGCGAAACUUCUCCCCUAAUACUGCGGUCCAUUUCUCCUUCAUCCAAGCACGCAGUCACGGACACCAGGCUGAAAGAACCGAUAGCCGCCGCUGGUCCCUGGCCUCUCUUCCCUCGUCGGGUUAUGGAAGCAACACGCCCAGUUCGACGGUGUCGUCGUCAUGCUCCUCCCAGGAGCGGCUGCACCAGCUGCCCUUCCAGCCCACGGCCGACGAGCUGCACUUCCUCACCAAGCACUUCAGCUCUGAGGGCAUCGCGGACGAAGAGGGCCAGUGUUCCCCCCCCCCGCGGCCCCGCUCACGCAGCCUCAGCCCUGGACGCUCUCCGGUUCCAUUUGACCACGAGAUCAUCAUGAUGAAUCACGUCUACAAGGAACGGUUCCCAAAGGCGACGGCCCAAAUGGAGGAGCGUCUGGCCGACUAUCUAGGCUCCUUAUCUCCGGAGAAGGUGAUUCCCCUAGCGGACGGAGUGCUCAGCUUCAUCCAGCAGCAGCUGGUCAAGCUGUCCCGGGACUGCCUGCAAAAAUCCCAGCAGGGCCUCAUCACCUCUCGCUACUUCCACGAGCUGCAGGACAACCUGGAGAAGCUGCUGCAGGAUGCUCAUGAGCGGUCAGAGAGCGCAGAGGUGGCCUUCGUCACGCAGCUGGUGAGGAAGCUGAUGUUCGUCAUCGCCCGGCCUGCGCGGCUGCUGGAGUGUCUGGAGUUUGACCCUGAAGAGUUCUACCACCUUCUGGAAGCUGCGGAGGGCCAUGCCAAAACGGGCCAGGGCAUCAAGUCGGAUAUCCCCCGUUACAUCAUCAGCCAGCUGGGCCUCACCAGGGAUCCCCUGGAGGAAAUGGCCCAGCUGAGCAGCUAUGACAGCGGCCACCCCGACACCCCCGAGACAGACGAUUCCACUGAGAGUCGCAGUGCCUCGGUACAGCAGGUCAAAGCCAUGGCCCCACGAGAGGAAGACUUUGAGAACAUUAAGCUGAUCAGCAAUGGAGCUUAUGGUGUGGUCUACCUGGUGCGGCACAAGGAGACACGCCAGCGCUUUGCCAUGAAGAAGAUCAACAAGCAGAACCUAAUUCUGAGAAACCAGGUCCAGCAGGCCUUCGUGGAGAGGGACAUCCUGACCUUCGCGGAGAACCCAUUCGUGGUCAGCCUGUUCUGCUCCUUUGAGACGCGCCGGCACCUCUGUAUGGUCAUGGAGUACGUGGAAGGUGGGGACUGUGCAACCCUUCUGAAGAACAUCGGGGCUCUACCCGUUGACAUGGCCCGGAUGUACUUUGCUGAAACGGUUCUGGCUCUCGAGUACCUGCACAACUACGGCAUCGUUCACCGGGAUCUGAAACCUGAUAAUUUGCUCAUCACAUCGAUGGGACACAUCAAGCUCACAGAUUUUGGGCUCUCCAAGAUUGGGCUGAUGAGCCUGACCACCAACCUUUAUGAGGGGCAUAUUGAGAAGGACACACGACAGUUCUUGGACAAACAGGUCUGUGGCACUCCAGAGUACAUUGCUCCAGAAGUGAUUCUUCGGCAAGGCUACGGUAAACCAGUGGACUGGUGGGCCAUGGGGAUCAUCCUAUAUGAGUUUUUGGUGGGAUGUGCCCCAUUCUUUGGAAAUACACCAGAGGAGCUCUUUGGACAAGUCAUCAGUGACAAGAUUGUCUGGCCAGAGGAGGAUGAAGCCCUGCCAGCCGAUGCCCAGGACAUCAUCUCUAAACUGCUCCGUCAGAGUCCCCUGGAUCGGCUUGGAACAGGCAGUGCCUUUGAGGUGAAACAGCAUCGCUUCUUCACGGGCCUGGACUGGACCGGUCUGCUGAGGCAGAAGGCCGAAUUCAUCCCUCAGCUCGAGUCAGAAGACGACACCAGCUACUUCGACACUCGAUCUGACAGGUAUCAGCAUCUGGAUUCUGAAGAGGACACCAAUGAUGAUAAGCUUGUGGAGAUGCGCCAGUUCUCAUCCUGCUCUCCUCGGUUCAACAAGGUUUACAGCAGCAUGGAGCGUCUGUCCCUCGUUGAGGAGAAGCAGAUACCACCGACCACUAAGUGCAGCCUUAGUGAGGAAGGAGGGGAUCGCACCCACAGCCUGUGCGGCCCCAGGUCACAUGACCGUAACUGGAUGGCAGGCUCCCCUGAGAUUUUGCGCAAGAGACUGUCCAUGUCAGAGUCGUCCCACGCGGAGAGCGACUCCAGCCCGCCGCUGAUGGGGAGGCGCCGCUGCUGUUCGGCCAUCAUCGAGAUGCCACGUUUCUCCAUCUCCGGCGAGGGCGAGGUGCCCAGCCCCGCUCAGCCCUUCCACACAUUGAUUGGGGGGGCCCUUGGGGAAAAGCUCUUCCUCCCCAUCCCAGAGCAGCCUACCGAGAGGCGGCUGAAACUGGAAGCAUCACCCACCAACAGCCAGCUCAGUGAAAUCCCCCCAGCCGCAGGCAGCAAGGGUAACGUGUCAGACUGCGGGGCCACCAAGGGGCCCCCCGGCACCGAUGCCCCCAGGGCCAUCAGUGACCUGGCAGCCCGCCGUGCCCGUCACAGGCUGCUCUCGGGGGAGUCGGCGGAGAAGCACGCCCUGCGGCCGCUCAGCAAGGUCAUCAAGUCGGCCUCGGCCACUACUCUGUCGCUCCUGAUCCCAGGAGCAGAGCAGCACGGUACCUCGCCCCUGGCCAGCCCAAUGUCCCCCCACUCGCUGUCCUCCAACCCCUCCUCACGGGACUCCUCCCCCAGCCGGGAACUGUCACCCGCCAUGUUCCGCGCCAAGCCAGCCGUCAUCAUCCAUCGCUCCGGCAUGAAGUACGGCUUCACUCUGCGUGCCAUCCGCGUCUACAUGGGUCACACGGAUGUCUACACCAUGCAGCACAUGGUUUGGCACGUGGACGAGGGGGGCCCAGCCCAAGAGGCGGGGCUUGGAGAAGGUGACCUCAUCACGCAUGUGAAUGGGGAGUCCGUACAUGGCCUUGUGCACACGGAGGUGGUGGAGCUCAUCCUCAAGAGUGGCAGCAAGGUGUCGAUCUGCGCAACCCCCUUUGAAAACACUUCCAUCAAGGUUGGGCCGGCCCGCAAGGCCAGCUGCAAGUCUAAGAUGGCACGCCGCCGUAAGGCCAGCCGGACCAAAGAGGUCCAAGACAGCGGUAAGAAGACGACAUCCCUGUUUCACAAAAUUACAAAGCAAGCCUCCUUCCUGCACACCAGCCAGAGCCUGACCUCCCUCAACCGCUCCCUGUCCUCUGGAGAGGGCAUCCCCCGCUCCCCCACGCUGGCCCUGUCCCCCCGCUCCCCCACCCAGGCCUACCGCUCCACCGUGGACUUGGCCCUGUCAGCGGGGGGUACCUCAUCCCAAAGCAGUUCUCCCGGCUCCAGCGUUCCCAACUCACCGGCCAGCUCUGGCCACAUGCGACCCAGCUCCCUGCACGGCCUGGCUCCCAAACUGCAGCGCCAGUACCGCUCGCCCCACCGCAAGCCUGCCGCUAACAUGCCGCUGUCGCCACUGGCCCGUACCCCCUCACCUACACCGCCGGGCCGCUCACCACAGCGCUCACCCUCCCCGCUGCCCGCCCAUGGCCCGGGAGCCUCCGGCACUGCCCAGCCCUUCCCCGCCAGGCUGCACUCGUCGCCCCCGAUGGUGCGGCCCAUCAGCCGGUCCAAGCCCGCCGAGUCGCCCCGUUCGCCGCUGCUCAGGCGUGUGCAGUCCACUGAGAAGCUGUCCACCUCCUACUCGUCCUCUUCUUCUUCCUCAUCCUCUUCCUCGGUGGUCCUGGUGCAGAUGGGCAGUCUGCAGAAGCACCCAGCCCGUAAGCUGGUGCCCGUAGAGGACUCGGAGGCAGGAUCCGACGCCCUAAGGCUGGGCCCGGGGAAGAGCAACCUGAAGGACAAACUCUCAGCCAUCCGGCAGGACCGGGCCGAGUGGCGGGAGUCCUUGCCAAAGCAGGACGCCAUCCAUGAGGUGGACUCCUCCGAGGACGAUGUGGACGAGGCCCCCGAGGAACGCCAGGCCAGGGGACCUACCUCCCGUCCUCAGAGGCUUGCGGUCAAACCGGAGGACCCUCCUCUAAAACGUAGCCUCUUGUCAUUUUCUCCUGGGUUCCCCUCCCCUGCCAUGCCCAAAGUGCCACCCUCCACCUCCCUCCCUGAGAGAAGUGCUGGGGCAGCAGUCAAAGGGGCUGCUGGGAAGGGUGUUGGGAACCCAGCGGAGUCCGUUGUUAGCACUCGAUUGUCCCUGUUCCCACAGCAACUGACACAUGGUGCCUUCUCCUUUAUGACCAAGGGUGCCCCCCAGAGGCCACUCUCUGCAGACCAAAACUUCUCCAUGAAUGAAGCGAAGGUUACCCAAGAGGUGCCACCCAAGAAGACCACCCCAUCCAGGGAUUGGAUGCCCUCAGCAGGCACCAGUGUGGAGAGGAAGGAGACAGACAAGAGGAAGCAGGCUAUGAGCACCGCAGCCACUCAGCAGCUGGAGCAGUUGGUCUCCCACCCAGUCAGCAUGGCCAAGAGCAUGAUGCCACCAGUCCGCAUGAGCAUGCCCAGUGUGAGGGCUUCUGAGAAGUCCAAGGACCUGCAGUCAGUGGCAAUGUCACAGUCAAAAAGUAAGGAGCGGAAGCAGGACCAGAGAACCCCCACUGCUGCGAGCAUGUCCCUGUCCUGCAGGGACCCCUACGCCCAGGCUGGGUCCUACAGGGAGGCUUCCAACCAAGAUUCCUCCAAAAGAGAGUCGCUCCCAAGGCAGCCCCCAUUUGCUCCGGACCUGGCUGCCACUCAGGAUGGGUGGAGACCUGCCAUGGCUAAGGACCUGAACCAAGCGCCCCCUAGUGGAUUAGCUGAGACAGGGCUGACUGUGGAGAAGCGCCUGCAGAUGGAGCGGCUCCUACAGACACAGGGCUUGCCGGCAGAGCAAACAAAGAGACAAACUGCUCCAGGUCCGGCAUUGAAGUUGCAGGGUCAAACACUCAAGAAAACGUAGCAGCGAGUAGAGAGAAGUCCAUUCCGGACCGAUUCCGCAAACGCCACCUGCACUCUUAGUAUUUUCUGCGUUUUUUUAAUCAUUAUCAUAAUUUUGCAGUUCUCAAGGGCUCAGAGACUGUCCUCCCAUAGUGAGGGAUCUUCUGGGGGGGGGGUUGGAGGACAGGUUGUGCCGUGUCACUGAGGCCACGUGGAUGGCUUUUUGGUGGCCUAUUUCACCGACGCUUGUCACGUCACAGACAGCGUCAGGCCCUCCAUCUGUUCCCGAACAGCGGAGCAGGUUGUGCCUUAAUGAACAUAAUAAUUCACGUUCAGCCACCUCCUACUCCGUUAGCCACCCCUGGGAGGGUGGGUGUAUCUCAGCAAUAAAGGAAGCAUAUGUUUAGCAGUUUACAUUACAUACACAUUUAACAGACUCCCUGUAUAAACCAAGCAUACGGAAUCAACUUUUUUUCCAUUUCCAAUGUGUGUUGUUUUUUUUAUUUUGUCAUUAUAGAGGCCGAAUGAACUAUUCUUUUUGUAUUUGGGACAGAGGUUUUAAAAAACUGCCUUUCCUCAUUCACAGGCUGUUGUUCUGAAGAACUGUGGUUCUGCACUGUAAUGUCUAGGCUUUCUUGCCCGGGAUUGUUUUUCAUGAUUGUUUCCAGUCAUUUUCAUUCAGAGAUCCACGGCCCAUUUGGAUAUAGGAUAUGUCCCUGACCUGUGUGUGUUUUCCGGGUGUGUAUGGAAUAGCCAUUUCAUUAGUGGGCCUGUCCUUCCAUCACUGAGAUAAUCAUUUAAUCACUGGGAUUUUCACCUUACCACCAGGACAAUAAUUCUAUUGCUGCAAUAGUAAUUUCAUCACUGGGUUAGUCAUUUGAUUUCUUAAAUUGUCAUUUAAUUACUGGGAUUGUCAUUAAUCAAUAGAAUAGUCAUUUCAGUCAGUCAAAACAUGAAGCCUCAGAAAGGCAAUUUAUUAAUUUUCACCCCCCAAGGAGAAUCCUUCAGAUUGCUGCUGAAUAUAUCAUUUUUUGUCUGUUUUCUCAUCUGUUCCCUUCUUGUUCUGUGCUGUAAAACCUUAGCGGUAAUUUUUUUAGGUACACCUGCUCUUACACGCAAAAAGCCAAUGACGCGCAUACAAAGACAAGUUUAGGAGGUUGAGUUACUGUUUGGCUAUGCGAUGUAAUGGAUAAGGUGCAAAGCUGGGUCCUGCCUACUACUCUGUAGGGGUGCCUUUUCAAGUGCCCACUGAGUGUGUCUGCAGUUUUUGUACUUACAUUCUGCUUGUAGCCCCGAGAGAGGUGGCCAUCUUGGUUCGUGUACAUUCCUCUCAGCCACUCCCCAUCGCCAUCGCCUGCUUGAUUGGCCACACGUCGCUUUGUUUUCUGAUUCUGGUGAUUGCAGUGAUCGGGGGGGGGCACCUGGGAUUUGACCCAGCAACCUUCUGGUUACAAGACCUGUUCUGCUUUAUAAAUGGCAGGCCAGGCCGCUUGAUUCAUUCUGCUCUUGCAUCAUUUCAUUGCUACCUGCUUGGCUUGUUGGACUCCCACCCCUGAGGUUCACGGCUGUGCGGAGUCAGCGUUUCCGCGGCGACAGACCUGCAGAGGGCAAGAACCGCGUCACAAAUGAGGCACAGGAAUGGGAAGGAGUGGAAGCCCGGCGCCGCUAAUUAGUCCGCGCUGACUGGAGGCCCGAGGACAUGGGCAGCUCCCAUCUGGCUCUGCUAAGUGCAUGCCAGGACGCUACACUGCGAUGGUUAGCAUAUAGAUCAAUAUCCAAUUUGUUUGCACCCCGCCUCACAGAUCACGGCCAUAAUGAGCAGCAGCAAUGCGACAUCUCCCACUCUGUAAGAGGAGGAGACGUUUAACCACUGCCAGUCAUGUUUCUGCAGUGUGACACUUCCUCUAGGCGUCAGUGAAGGUCAAAACAGAUAUACAAGAAACCAGGUGUGUUGGGAGGGGGAAACAUCACCUGACUCACCCUCCCAGGAUGGGCCGCUGGUCACAUUCUAUCACCAUUUUAUUCCGUUAGCUCAGUUUUUUAUUUCAAGUUGAAUAUAACAUGAUAUUUCACAAAACACUGCAGUCCAGACUCAGCUGGGUUUUAGUUCGUACAGGAGCUGGCCAGCAGGUCAUGCUGCGUGGAAAUGAAGGUGAGACUCCAGGAGCCCAAGAUGAGUUCAUGUUUAAGGUGAUUAAAUCUAAUUAAACAUUACCAGUCUCUUAAUACCAGCGAUAAAUUACAGAGAAAUUUCAUUUUACAUCCCUCUUGCAACUUCAGGGAAGCCCAGGACGCUGUGUUGGGAACGCCCCAGACAGGAUGCCAGGCUGUCAUUGGGCACAAUGACUCACUUAUAAUCUUCAGUUUUCCUAGUUUGUUUUUGGAGGAAACCCAUGUGACAUGUGUAGAGCAUGCAAGAUGCCCCCAUACACCCAGCAGGAUCCAAACCGCUGAGCUGUGCUCUUGUGAGCCAUCAGUGCUGCCUAUUGAGACACCAUGCUGUCAUUCAUUUCUGCUGUAUGGGAACUAUAUGGCACCCCUGAAUUUUCCGUACGACGUCUUAUGGGGAACGGCGUGGAUGCGGAUUCUAGGGGUCACCUAGCGGCACAGAAGUGCAGAGUGGAACCCCAGCAGUUCUCUGGGGAACAGAUGUUCGACCCUGAGACUGAAGCACGUGUUGCUGGAGGACCUCCAAGACCUCCUUGCCACAUCUGAAGCCCAAUGUAUCCCCCAUUUGCACACAGGUUGCUGUCUCUGUUGGAGGGCUGGAUUCAUGGUUUCUGUAGGGUGGAAGACUCAGCCAUCUUGUUUAUAAACUGACUUAGCUCAGUGUUCCUCAGUGCAUGUGUGUAAGGCAGAGCGUUAUGGAUUAGUGAGUGCAGACCCAUUUGGUUACGGCAAAACCAGUGCGAUGUUUGAUAACUGCAGUAAGUCAAUGUUGCCAUAAAGCUUUCUUUAUUAUAAUAAAAUUUUAAACGAAAA